AUGGCUCGGCACACUGCAUAUUAUUUGGAACCUAUUGAAAAUGAUGAUUAUGAACCUGAGGAGGUUGACAACAGUCAUCUUUUUUAUAAUGAUGAAGUUAUAAACGAAUAUAUGGAUCUAAUCACACAACGUUCACCCGACACAGUUUAUGGGUUUAAUACUUUUUUUUACCUAGCUCUAUCUGACAAGGGAUACUCGCAUGUUCGUCGUUGGACGAAAAAAGUUGAUAUAUUCUCAAUGAAAAAAUUGUUUAUACCUAUUCAUAUUGAAGAUCACUGGUGUUUAGUGUAUGUUAGCUUUCCACAAAAAUCCAUUAAAUAUUAUGACAGCAUGGGUGGACGUAAUUUUAAAUGCUUAAAAUUAAUAUUGAAAUAUUUGAUGUUGGAACAUGAUGACAAAAAAGGAGAAGAUUUUCAUCCAAGUGGGUGGUUACUAAUGAAUGUGAAAAACUGCCCUCAACAGUUGAAUACUUGGGAUUGUGGAGUAUUUGUUUGCGUGUACGCUGAAUAUUUAUCUAGAGGGGCUCCAUUAAAUUUUUCACAACAACACAUGGAAAAAUUCAGGAGACAAAUAGCAUUAGAAAUUAAAAAGAAAAAACUAAAAAAAUCCGCACCAGAAACUUAA